CUUGUCACGGGAGGAGCAGGCUACAUUGGUUCGCACACAGUCCUUGAGCUGCUCAAUGCAGGUGUUGCUGUCGUUGUGAUCGACAAUCUUUGCAACAGUCAUAUGGAGUCUCUCUGUCGUGUACACUACAUUGCUCGAACCGAGUCUCAGCGUCUUCAACAAUCGGAAGCUGUGCCUCCAAUCUUCUUGCAUCAAGCCGACAUUCGAAGCACACGAGCCAUGAACCAAGUCUUCGAAUUCUGGCAUCAACAAACCAAAGAUUCGUCCACUUGGGGCAAGAUCACAGCAGUCAUUCACUUUGCCGCUCUCAAAGCUGUCGGAGAAUCCAUUACGAAGCCCAUAGAGUACUACGAGAACAAUGUCGCCGCACUCGUAAUCUUGCUCAAGGCCAUGAAAGCUCAUGCUGUCAACGUGCUCAUCUUCUCUUCCAGCGCCGUCGUUUAUGGUGUUGGUCAUGAAGCUGGUAUCACAGAGGAAACUGUUCAGGUUGCCGGCAAGGGCACUGGAGGUGGCCUUCUCACCAAUCCUUACGGACGAUCCAAGUGGAUGUCAGAGGAGAUCAUCAACGACUGCUGCGUUGCAGACCCCAACUUCCAUGCCAUCUCACUACGCUAUUUCAAUCCCACGGGUUCUCAUCCUAGCGGACUGAUCGGCGAAGAUCCCAAGGGUACACCAAACAACAUUGUUCCCGUAAUUCUCCAGGCAUAUCAACGUCGUCGUAGUCGCGUUCAUGUGUUUGGAUCUAACUACGACACUUCUGACGGCACGGGAGUGCGCGACUACAUCCAUGUCAGCGACCUUGCCAUGGGUCAUCUAGCAGCGCUACGUAAAGCCACAAAACAGCCUGACCCAGUGCCUGAGGGCGAAGAACCCUACAGCCAAGAUGCAAUCAUCAAUUACAAUGUCUACAAUCUAGGCACCGGUCGAGGAUACUCUGUGCUCGAGAUUAUCAAGGCUUUCAGCAAUGCAGCUGGCACAUCCAUCCCCUUCACCGUUGGUGAGGCGCGCGCAGGGGAUCUGGGUACAGUGACGGCAUCACCAGAGAAGGCAGCCUCUGAUCUGGACUGGCGCGCUGAAUUUGAUCUGCAAGACAUGUGCCGCGACGUCUUCAACUGGGCAGCCGCCAACCCCACUGGUUACGAAACU